AUGUACUUUGAUGGUGCUGCACAACGUGAUGGAGCUGGUGCUGGUGUGGCGUUUGUUACUCCGCAAGGAAAAGUUCUACCAUACUCCUUUACUUUGACACAAUGUUGCUCCAACAAUGUCGCUGAAUACCAAGCACUAAUACUUGGACUUGAAAUGGCAGUCGACAUGAAGCAGUUGCAGUUACAAGUGUUUGGUGACUCUCAGUUGGUGAUCAAUCAACUCCUGGGAAGUUAUGAAGUCAGGAAGCCUGAAUUACUCCCCUAUCAUGGUUAUGCUCAGAAGUUGAUAGGAUGGCUUGGUGAUGUGACUCUUCAGCACGUUCCAAGGAAGGAAAAUAAGAAAGCCGAUGCUUUAGCUGCUCUAGCUUCAACACUAACUCUGCCAGAUCAAACUCAAGUGACUAUCUGCCAAAAAUGGGUAGUACCUCCACCAAAUGAGGACGAAGGCGCGGAAAGUGAGCUUGAGCAUCUCGUAGCUGUUUCUGAAGCUGCAAAGGAAGACUGGCGACAACCCAUCAUUGAUUACUUAAGUUAUGGGAUACUGCCAAAAGACUCAAGAAGAAGAACUGAGAUUCGUCGUCGUGCACCUCGAUUCCUUUACUACAAGGAUACCUUAUAUAGAAGAUCUUUUGAGGGGGUACUCCUGCGAUGUUUGGGGGAGGAUGAAGCAGUCCAAGCUUUGCAAGAAGCACAUUCAGGAGUAUGUGGAUCACAUCAAUCUGGACCAAAGCUCCACUUCCAUAUAAAAAGGAUGGGAUAUUAUUGGCCAACGAUGGUGAAAGAUUGUUUGGACUAUGCUCGAAGAUGCAAGGCUUGUCAGUUUCAUGCGAAUUUUAUACAUCAGCCACCCGAAGCAUUACACCCGACCGUCGCAUCUUGGCCAUUUGACGCUUGGGGGUUGGAUGUCGUUGGUCCGUUACCGAAAUCUUCUGGUGGACACUUGUACAUCUUGGUUGCAACCGAUUACUUCUCAAAAUGGGCCGAAGCUGUCGCUCUUAAAGAAGUGAAGAAGGAGAAUGUUACGAACUUCAUCCGAGUAAACAUCAUCUACCGCUUCGGCAUUCCUCGUUACAUAAUAAUGGACAAUGGCAAGCCAUUUGUUAAUAAAUUGAUGAAUAAGAUUUGUGAUCUCUUCGGCUUCCAAGCGCCGUAA